AGAAAGAGAGAGAAAAGGAUAGUUCAAAAGAAGAAUUUUUCGUGUGGUAACGACCAAUUCGAACUCUUUCACUGUUCUUCAAAAUCUCCUUUGAUUUUCUUCGCUCAUCUUGUUGUCGUUCAUCGAAAUCUCCAUAUCAUCUUCAAAUUCUUCUGUUAUUCAGCGACUCAUCGUUUGUAAAUCGUUCGUUUUUCUAACUUCGACGGUUCAUUAAAAUGCCCCAACACCACAAAAUCAUCGUCUUUAUAGCCUGAUGAAUAAACCCCUUCAUCCUUCAUAGUUUUCUUUAAAAUCAUAUUGCUAAUGCAGCAAGUUCGUUGAAUUUUCUUUCGGUUUGUGUAUUGAUUUCCAAUGGAGAACGAAACUGGAUCUGCUUCUAGUUCAGCUCUUGCUUGGCGUUGGACCAUCGAAGCCCUUGCAAGUUUCGAUCAAGUGAAACCAUCUCUAUUACAUGAUGUAAUUAAUACGGCUUCAGAAUUACUUGAUGGUAAAAGAAAUAAUGCUGGGGAGAUGGUUGCUUUGAAAUGCUUGGAGGGAUUGUUUCGUCCUUUAGAUGAUAUUGGAGAAAAUAGUCGUCCUGCUCAAGAAUCAAAAGUUAUGUUUGAUUCAUCUGAGAGCUGUCUAGAUGUUGUUAAACGCAUCUAUAAUGAGACUCCAAAAUCUGCCUUAGGAGUGGCUGGACCAGAUAUGUUAAAAUGGGAUGUUAAGCCUUUCAUUGACCAAAAAAGAGCAUCCAUGCGUUGCACAUUACUUCAGCUGAAAGAUUCAAUUCUCGAUGGCACACAUCCUUAUGCUGAUUUCUUAAUGCAGAAGAGUGGGUUGACACCCAUAAAUAAGAAGGAUGGCACUUCUCUGAAUAAUGUGGAUUGUGUUCAGCUCGAUAGGAGACUUGAUAAUAACUCCUCUAGUUCUCAGGGUAAAAAAGAAGGUAAAGGAAGCCCUCCACUUGAGGAUGAAAGAAGAAUGUCAGUGGUGACCCCAUCUAGCUCUAGUUUAUUACCAUCUAAAAGGAGUAGCAUUGACUUUACAUCUGAAGAUGAGGCUAGACAGGUACCUGGUUGUGAUGAUGGUUUCAUAAAUGUUAAGAAGCUUAAGCAUCACUCUGCACAUAAUUUGUAUUCAGGACAGGAAGUGGCUUCUUCACAUGGAACAGAGGUUGUUGAAGAUUCAUCUGAUGAAAGAAGUGAGCUGCAAAUUGAGAGAGAUGAUACCGAUCACUUAGAUAGACAUCAGAUAACUUUGGAGGAAGACAAACUUGUAGAGGAGGAGGGUUUUGGGUCAAAGAAGUCUGCACAGUUUACUGCUACUGAUGAAGAUUCGUCUGAAAGAAGUGGGCUGCAAAUUGGGAGAGAUGAUACUGAUCACUUAGAUAGACAUCAGAUAAAUUUGGUGGAAGACAAGCUUGUAGAGGAGGAGCAUUCUGGGUCAAAGAAUGGUGCACAAUGUACUGCUACUGAUGAAUUGCAUCUAGGUGAAUCAGGUAUUCCUUGUUAUACUGUGUUGGGUAGUACACAAGAUGGUGAGAUGCUUGAAGUUGUUGAUGCCAAGAAAGUGGGAGAUGGAAGUGAACUGCCUUUUGAACCAAAAGCACCUAAUCAUUCCCCUGCUGAAGAAAACCUGGAUAACAGCAGCCCUAACAAUUCCGAAAGUAACUUUCGACACGAUCAUCAUGUAAAUGAAACGAAUCCUGUUUCUCACAGUGGAUUUCUGUCAACAACUGUUGCUACAUAUAGUGAUGUUGGCAUGAUUCCUGAUGAGGAAGAGAAAGAUAUGUCGAGUGAUAGUGAUGGAUAUCACGAAACAAUAGAUAUUGCCAUGAGAAAAAAGGAAUUCCUUAGUUCUCAAUGUAUGGUUGAUUCAGAUUCUUUUCUAGUAGCUGACAGGACUGAUUUAACAGUUUGUGUGAAGUGUAAUGAAGGCGGUCAGUUGCUUUCUUGCAAUAUUGGUGAUUGUCCUUUGGUGGUUCAUGCCAAGUGUUUGGGUUCCUUGGCUGCGAUGAACGAUGAAGGUGACUUUCGUUGUCCUUUCUGCUUGUAUUCAUUUGCUAUAUCAGAAUACCUUGAAGCUAAGAAGCAUGCUGCAUUGGCAAAGAAAAAUGUUACUUCUUUUUUUCGUAGUGAUUUGGUACAUCACUCAAUAGGUUUUAAAGAGGUAUUGCAACCCAAAAAUCUUGAUCCUUCACAAAGAGCUGGAGUUGAGGAUGUUGCUAAAAUUUGUGAAGAUGUGGACAUGGAAAAUAAAGACAAUCAAGUAACUCUAGAUGGAGAACAUGUAAGUGAAGUUGUUGACCAUCGAUCGACAGAGCAAACAAUAGAGCUGUCAAAGCAGAUGGAUAUUGCCAAUACCAAUCAUAGGGAAAAUGAGUCAAGUCUUUCGAGAGUAGCCCCUGAUGUUUUAUCAAGUGAGAAAGACGACAAUGGAUUCGUAGACCAAGAGUGUCCCAGAAACACAGCAGCAGAAUUGGUUGACCAAGAGUGUCAUGGAAAUACAGCAGUGGAAUUGGUGGAUCAAGAGUCUGAAGGCAAUGCUGCAGAACUGGAAGAUGGCGAAAAUGCCACAAAGCAGCAUGGCAUUCAUGAAAUUCUGCAUGAAGAUCGUGGACCAGUUGAACCAGCAGCUGUGCAGGAAGAUUUACAAUACCAAACUAAUGAUAAUAAAGAUGAAGCUACUUGUGCAAUUAUCACUGAAGAAGAAAAAUCUUCUGAUGAUGGCAAUGAUGAAUCUAUCAUUUCUAGAUACUCCAUAAGAUUUCGACAGAAAUAUCAUCAUACAAGUUCAGAAACUCAUCCAUUAAGACGGAAGAAACUGCUCUGAACUGCUGUGGAGGAAGAGACACUAUUGGAGCAUUUAAUUAGAUGUGGAUAACACGUGUUUCUUAGAGAAAGAAGGGGAUUGAUUCCAUUCCAUUGCAGCAAUUCAAACUCCAUAAGAGGGAGAGAAAAGAAAAGAAGAGAGAAGGAAACAUGAGCAUGGGAUAAAGAUGAAGAUGAGAGUCUCAAGAAUCAUGGCACAAAGACAUGUGAAAAAGAAGAGCCCGUGAACUUCAAAAAUGAAACUGAGGUGAUUUUCUCUUCACUCACUCUUCACUCUUCACUCUUCUUCUUCUACUCACUCACAUUUCUCCAAUAUAGAAUCCAAUGAACAUUUCUCUCUCAUACUUCAUUUAAUUUUCUCUUACCUUUCUCCUCUCUCUUUUACUCUUGUUUGUUUCUGAUCUGUUUCACUUCUCUUCUCUUGUCUGUACUUCAUUACUCCAACAUCAUUGGCUUGCAAAUUCCAUAUUACAUUUGGUACAAUAAAAAGUAUGGGAUUAUUGACA